AUGAGGUGUCUGAUUGUCCUUGCUCUUGCCGCCCUGGCUCAGGCCGAACCCCUUUACCGAGUGGACUCUCCCGCUGUAGUCUCCUACGCCGCACCCUUGGUGGCCGCAGACACAACUGAGACAGCUGCUCUCAAGACUCUGGCUAUCGAGAAGGCAAAGACUGGUGCUCCUGCCCCAUACUUUGACUCGUUCAACAGGGCUUACUUCGCCCCAGCCGCUACCGCCUACGCCCCUGCUGCCGUCCCAGCAUACGCCCCAGCCGCUGUUCCUGCUUUCGCACCUGCCUCCGUGGCAGCAUAUGCUCCAGCAGCUGUUCCUACCUAUCAUGCCCUAGCCCCUGCUGCAGUUCCAGCCUACGCCCCGGCCUACGCCCCGGCCUACGCUCCAGCCUAUGCCCCAGCUGUUGCCCCAGCCUAUGCUCCAGCUGUUGCCCCAGCCUUUGCCCCAGCUGUUGCCCCAGCUUUGGCUUUUUAAGAUUAAUUAACAACUCAUUAAGGUUGUGACUGGUAUUCUGAUUAGGACUCAUUCACCGGAAUUAAAG